AUGGGUAUUGCACGUCGCUGCGCAUGGGAAGAAUCUGAAGAAAGUGGGCUAGCAUUAGGAAAGUCCACACUCGGAAAGCACGGCGGCGGGACGUUCGUGAGCACCAAGGCCGUGCUGGCCUGCUUCUCCGUCGUCCUGGUGAUCGCCUUCUUCUACAUCUCCAUCACCGGUCGCCCCGCCGCCGAGGACUCCUUCCCCACCCCGACGUUGUCGACGAAACCACUUCCUCCCCACCCUCCCGUUCGUCCUAAUGUAAGUAGCAUUGGCACUGCUCCGCGGAGCAGCGCGCGCAAUGCCACCGUGGUGGUGCCGCGUCGGGUGCGCAGCAACAACUCCGAUGACGACUGGGCGCCGGCGGAGGGAUCGGGACAGACGGCACUGGUGCCGGAGAAAAUGGACAAUGUGCAGGAUCCCGUCAGUGACGCCGGAAACGCCACGAUCAGCGGAUCGGACGGGGAGCCCGUCGUCGGCAACGGCACUAAAGCGCAAGAUGUAACCGCAAUGCCGACGCCGCCGUGGUGGAGAGCGGAUGCAGCGAAUUCCACCGGAAAACCCAUCAUCGGCUCUUCGCACGAGCCCGCGGACUCCGACAGCGCCACCGGCAACUCUACGGACAAGGUUGUGCGUUCGAGUACAGAAGAUCAAAACAUGAACGCCAGCGUCGACAAUCGAUGGCGCCGGCGCCGGCACGGCAGGCGCCAACACCAGCUCCGGCAACCACAGCGGCGUCAUCGGCAUCGUCGGGGCCGGCAACGACCAGGUGGUGUGGACGUCCUCCGCCGACCACAGCGACGGCGCCGGCACUGGCACCGUCACGGCAGGCGCGACACCAGCGUUGCCGUCGGGCCCGGCAACCACCGGGUGGAGUGGACGCCUUCCGCCGACCACAGCGCCGGCGCCGGCACUGGCACCGUCACGGCAGCCGCGAACACCAGCGUGGCCGUCGGGCCCGGCAACCACCGGGUGGUGUGGACGUCGGGCGUGCAGGACCUGGUGACCUUCGCCAAGUGCCAUCUGUUCAGCGGGAGGUGGGCGAGGGAGGAGAACCACGCGUUCUACCCGCCGCGGUCGUGCCCCCACAUCGACGGCGACUUCAACUGCCACAAGAACGGCCGGCAGGACACCGGCUUCCUCAACUGGAGGUGGCAGCCGAGCGGCUGCAACAUUCCCAGGAUGAACGGGACUGAUUUCCUGGAGAGGCUGCGAGGCCAGAGGAUCAUACUCGUCGGCGACUCGCUGAACCGCAACAUGUGGGAGUCUCUGGUCUGCACUCUCCGCCAUGGUGUCAGGAACAAGAAGAACGUGUACGAGAAAUCCGGGAAGAACCAGUUCAAAACCAGAGGAUACUACUCAUUCAAGUUCAGGGACUACAAUUGCUCUGUGGAUUUCAUAAGAUCGACACUUCUGGUCAAAGAGAUGGUCCGCGAGAGCCCAAACGGUACCGUCCUCGACGAAAAACUGAGGUUGGAUGAGCUAGACGCAACGACUCCGGCGUACCAGACUGCCGACAUCGUCGUCGUCAACACCGGGCACUGGUGGACUCACCCAAAGACGUCAAAAGGGCUGAACUAUUACCAAGAAGGCUACCGUGUGCACCACUGCCUUGAGGUGAUGGAGGCAUACAGGAAAGCACUGACCACAUGGGCUAAAUGGGUCGACAAGAACAUAGACCCAACAAGAACUCAGAUCGUGUUCAGAGGACUCUCUCUAACACACUUCAAGGGAGGGCAGUGGAACUCAGGAGGGGGAUGCCACAGGGAGACCGAGCCGGUAUUCAACCAGACGUACCUCACCGAGUACCCCGAGAGGAUGAGAGUACUGGAGAAGGUCAUGAGCCGGAUGAAGACCCCGGUGAUAUACCUCAACAUCAGCCGGCUCACCGACUACCGGAAGGACGGCCACCCCUCGGUGUACCGGGUGCGCUACGAGACGGAGGAGGAGCGGAUGGCGGCGGCGGCGACCAAGCAGGACUGCAGCCACUGGUGCCUGCCGGGCACGUGGAACGAGCUGCUGUAUGCCUCGCUGCUCCAGGUAGGCAAAGGCUCCUGGAGACUAUGAUAGGAUGUUUACAUGAAUUUUGUUUGUCCUUUUUAUAGCUUCCGAGGGGUACAGGUAGUUCACGAAGUUCAGUUAUGUGAUUAGAGGUGGAUAAACUUGCAGGAAAUCAUGCAUUCAGUUAGUUAGACCCGGUUAGCGGAUAAUAAUCAUUA